AUGUCUUUCCGUGAGCUACCCAACGAAGUCAUCUUCAUGAUAGGCACACAGAUUGAGCGCGAAAAAGACAUUUCAUCACUAGUCAGAGCAUGUCGAUCCUUCCAUAAUUUGCUCAAUAAUUAUCUCUAUGAACGAAAUGUCAACCGCGGAGCUCCUGCAUUGUCCUGGUGCGCCGAGCACGGCCUCACAACAAGUGUUGAGCGGUUAUUGAAAAUACAAGCCCGCGACAAAACAAAAGGCUCCUUACAACAGCUUAAUUCAGUCAAUUUUGUUGAUUCACCACUACGUUCCGCUAUCUGCUUUCACCAUGCUCCAAUAGUCAAGCUCUUUCUUCAGUAUGGAGCGGGUCAGACAAGUGGCUUCCCGAUCUCGACCCCCCUCCAUACCGCCGUGGAGCACAGCAGCGAAGAGGUCGUGCGAGUAAUCCUGGAAUAUGGAUGUGAUAUCGAUUUGAUUGUUCCAAGGGGAGCAGAAACCGCUCUAGUCGUCGCCGUGAGAACGCAAAAGCCAGACAUAGUGAAGCUGCUGAUCGAGCAUGGAGCGUGCUUGAAUACAAAGCCGCAUGUUCCAGUCGAGGCGGCAGAAUGGGACAGACUCGUCUGGACGACCCCUCUACACACGGCCGUUGAUAGUCAGUAUGGAAAUCGUGAGAUGGCAGAGCUACUUCUUUCACAAGGAGCCGAUGUGAAUGUUCGAUGCGGGGACGGGGGAACUCCGUUGCAUGGGACAACGCGCGAGAUGAAUGUAGAUGACUCUCGAUGGCUUUUGGAGAAUGGAGCAGAUCCAAACAUUAUUGAUGAUCAAGGAAAUUCCCCACUGCAUGUUGCAAUCAAUUUUGGCCGCCACGGCGCGGAACUGAUAAAGCUUUUUCUCGAGCAUGGAGCGGAUCCGAAUUUGAGAUGCAGAACGGCACCGACACACCCAUUGGAAUUAUUGGAUGGAAUGGACAUUCCGGAAAUUGAGCAGUUGCUCCGGGACCACGGUGCUCAUCUUCCUGACUCUGUAUAG